AGUUUACGUCGCGGUUUUGCGGCGAGAGGUCGUGUGCGAGGUGGCGAUUUUCCUUACCUAAAAUAGUAAUAUUUCGCAAAAUAAAUUUUUCGUAACAAUUUUUUUAAAACUUGUUUGAGACUUUUAUUUUUUCUAAAGUGAUAGUAAUUGUAGUGAACCUAGAGUUGGCUUUUGUUUGACUCGUGUUUUUAGUGUUUAUGUGUAGUGUUAGAGUGAGCGUGCUAUGCUGAAGCAUAUGCUUUGAUGAAAUCCAAACGAAUGCGGGGGCUCCAGAUCCCAUAAUAGAAAAUGGAGAGGAGAGACGAGCUUCAUCGUCAUGGCUGCAGUAUUGCCAAGCAGACCAUACUGACCACCCACCCCAGUGGUCUCCAGACCAGGGUUUCAGUAGAACUGGCUAACUUCGACGCUCUAUGCCUCCAUUCGGAAUGUAAAAGCAACAAAAGACAGGGCUGGGAGGGAAGUCCAUUUUUGAACAGACGAGGAAUUUUAGGUGGAGUUUCCACUCAUACCACGCCGGUUCUCGGGAGACGUAGUGACGCUGUGAACGAGGGGAGACUAUCACAACAAUGUACUCCAGUAAUGAGGAGAAGGGAAGUGGACAGUCCCGGUGGGUCUCCGAUACCUUCGCGGAAGUUCGAAGAUGAAGAAUUUUGUGAUGUGGACAACAGUGUGAUUAGCGGAUGGCUGAAGUUUCGGGACAACAAACGGUGGAAGUCGCGGUGGGGAGUGGUCACUAAGCUGUCACCAGCCGCAGAUUGUCUCCACCUUCAGCUCUACAGAGAUCCAAAAGAUCGCUACAAAAAAGGACAAACUAAAGCAUCUUUAUCCUUACAACAAUUUUUGGGAUUUGAAUCUGGUUUCACCUUGGACAAAGAAUCUAACACCAUUGCUAUCAUUUGCCAAGACGUGACAGUUGUUUUGGCAUUUGAGACCAGAGAACGACUAAUAGCGUGGCAAGUUAAAGUUGGGAGUCAGCUGGGGUGCUCAAAGGAGUUUCUAGUCAUGAUUGGAGGUGGUGGAAGCAAGAAGCUUCCUGCUGGACCGGCGAGGUUGCAUGUCCAGGGUCGCAGAUUUGCCCUCACUAGUGGGAUUCCACCGCGCUUACUUGGUCUUUGGGAGUUGGCGCAUUUGAGGAGAUACGGUGUAGUUGAAGGUCGCUUUUGCUUUGAGGGUGGUUCCCACUGUGGCAAAGGUGAAGGUCUGUACAUGCUGAUUACUGAUCAAGCUCAAGAGAUUACUGAUACUUUUGAUAUGGCUGCCCAAGGAAACUUCUCCUUGCAAAGGACCCCAGUUUGUAGAAAAGAUAAAGGUAAAUGGCGACCAAGUACAAGAUUAUCGGACGCAAACACUUUUGAUCCAUCACUACCCGAUACAGCCAGUGGUUUAUAUGAAGAAAAUUUUUUCGGAGAAGAUCGAGGAAGAACCUCUCCUUUCUGGCCUUCGGAUGAAAGACAGAACUACGAAGACCAAGAGUUCAAAUAUUCAAGUGAUUUAGAAAUUGUUAAGCCACCUUGGUGUGGAGCUGAUCACGUGACUUUAGAAAGAUGUGAUAAUUGUCAGACGAAACUUGGUGUAAUGUCCCGUUCAUCAACAGUAGCGUUGACUCCUGGUACACAGUUCAGUCCUGCGUGGACUAUGGAAGCAGUCCCAGAGAGCAGCUCUGAUAAUUCUUCAAAUAGCACUGAAUACUUGACUCCGAAAGCAAUAAGAAAGCAUAUUUCAGGCUGCCAAUGUGAUGAUAAACCACCAAUGCGUCCACCAAAGCCAGCACAUUUAGAAACGAAGAAACCACAUGCAUUCAUUCCUGAUACUUUUAGUUCAGUGAACGACAAUAGUGUAAAUAACCCUAGAGUUGGUCCCUAUGAAAACUACGAUAUCCCCAAGCCGAUCCAGUCCGAGAUGGACAAUGGUGAAUAUUAUGAUACACCUAAAAGAUUGAAGGAAGCGCUAACAGAUGAUUUAUUUAAAGUUACAAAGAAAUCUGCGCCCGGUAAUUUAGUUUUGAAGAAAAAUUGCGGUUGUAUUUUAAAAUUUGGUUCAAAAAAACCAGUUAUAGUCGAAUGUGAUGAAAGUCUACAGCCGGUAGAAUGUCCGUGUCUAAAAGUUACUAAUUGGGCAAACAACCUGAUAAGUCUUCCAUACUGCAAACGCGACACUAACAUAUCUGAAAACAGCGACAAUCAAAGUCGUAGAGAUGAAUCAGUACUGUAUGCCACGAUAGAUGUUUCCAGAAAAACCAAUAGGCAAAGUGCAAUAUCUGAUAAAGAAAUACAAGAAGAAAGAAGUCAAGGAUCAAGAUUUAUGAACUACCAAAAUGUAGAGCCAAAACCAGAUAAAGAAUUCGAAGGUCCUUUUGCAAAUUACGAAAAUCUAGAAUUUUCUUUAUCUUUAGAGUAUUAUGAGAACGCUAAGGAUCUAUUGAAAAAGGCUGGCGUUACUCAAAGCGAACUUGAUGCGUUAAGUGCCAACAUAGAUCUAGCAGUUACAACCAUGCCAAGAAAAUCUAAGCUGUGUACAAAAUGUGGGCACUCCCAACAUAAUCUCAACCAGAACUCUAAAAAAAAUAAAAGUGACGAGUAUUUACUAAUGGAACCUUGCCACGAAAUUAAAAAAAGCUAUUGUAAAACUGUUGGUUCUAAUGCAGGCUAUACGCCAAUGUUGCCAAACCCGAAUUGGUCCCAAAGCCUAAAGCAUCCAUUAAAUAAAAUUAAUAAGGUAGACAUUGAAAAGUCUUUGAGCAUCCCAACGUUGCAUGGAAGUACUAGAAGCAAUACUUCCGAAAAUAGCAAUCUAGGUAUAUUACAAAAGCGAUCGAGUUCAGUCGACUCUGCGAGAUUACUUGAAGAUCUCAAAGAAUUCGAUAGUAGCAUCGGAAGCCACGCUACAUCGUCAUCGCUAGAAACUUUAAGGAAUUUAGCUAUUGAAAAGAGGAGAUCUUCAUCAACCUGCGAUAACGAUAGAGACUGCUACGAUUGUUGUAAAUCAUCAGGAUCCGAAAACAAAACGGAUGACAGCUCUUCAAAAGAAAUACCGCAUUUGAGAAACAAACACAUGGAUAAUGCCCAGAUAAAAAGAUCUUCCAGCGUUCCGUGUAAAGGUGGUAACAGGGACUCUUCAAGUUCAAAUGAUUCCGGAGUUUCCAGCUGCUCAUUAAAACAUGGAGGGGGAGACAUUCAAGAAUUUGAAAUGCCUCUAACAUGUGGUCAAUCAAGGUAUCAUUACAUGAUGCAUAAAAGGAUGAGAGAAAACCUAUCUGGAGGCAAUCAUUCCCCAUUACCCAGAAAAUCUAAAUCAUCCGACCCCUUAAGAGAUAUGUCCUUACAAAUUCAUAAAGCGAAUAUACCAGCCAAAUCGUCUUCUGCUGAGGCAGAAGUUCCUGUCUUACCUCCAAAGCAGUUCAAAGGUGUAAUGGACACUCACAGUACUUCGAGCGGAACGUCGGACAUGUCAGAUUACAUCGAGACACUUUCUUUGACGUCCUCUCAUUCGUCAUCUGAUACUCCAACUGGCGUUAGGAUCAGUCGCCAAACAACGAGCACACUCAGACCUCGCUCCGGCAAAGAAUAUCAUAACCUCGACCCGAUCAUCACUUCAAUGUACAAAAACGGGAAGGACUUAGCCAACUAUACUAAUAUACCUUAAUUUGUCCCCUUAAUUGUUUUGUAUUUUUAUAUGCUUUGAUGUGUCUAUAGCUACCGUUCUGUUUGGAAGUAUCCUAAAAUAAAAUGCGGCUGUGUGCAAUGCCCAAGGUGUGAAUGUAGCCGACGGACAUUGUCACCUAAGAAUAGGAUGCAUAUUUUAAACUAUCUCAACAUUAAGCAUACUGAAAAACUUAAAGGUUAAAGCGAUUCAAGUAGUAUUUCAAAUGGAAAAGUAGUGUAGUGAUAAUGAUGAUUGAUGCAAUAAAGUAAAGAUGAUCAAAUAUUGUUUUAUCAUAAAGUCAUCAUCAAUACACAUUAUUAUUAACAAUGAAGGAAAUAAAAAAAAAAUAAAAAAGCGGCAACUAUAGAAGACUAAUAAAGCAUAAACAAACAAGUUUUUUUAUUUCUGCCUAUCUGUUUGGUUUUUGAUAUCUCGGAAACUACUCCACAGAUUUGCAUGUAGGUUUUAUUGAAAUCUGAGAAAAUAACUAAAAUUUAGAAUUUAUUUUUGUACUGUUAGAUGUUAGAAGCUGCAAAGCUUUUUAUUUAUAGUGUUGAUUCGGAAGUAGCUCUGUCUGUCUCUUAAAUUUUCGCGCGCAGAUCUGUGAACCGAUUUUGACGCAAUUCGGGAUGGAAAUAUUCUGAUUCAAGGCAAAGAAUCCAGGCUACCUGGACUACUGUGAACACACGUUGAAAAGUAGACUAUGUAGACGAAUUUGCGAGCGGAAAGAUAGUGUAUUUACAUUUUAGUCAGUCACCAUCACACUGAUCUUACUUUUCUAAAUUUUUUUAAGAGCACAGGAGUUAAAUUACGAGUCAUAGCUCAUAGUAAGUCAUUUAAAAUCAUUAAAAAUACAUACAUAUCAAAAUACACAGGUCUGUCAUUAUAAAAAUCGAAAAAAUAGUUGUUCACGAGAGACACAGUGCAUUCAGUUUUACUUGAGUUUGGAAAUCUAAUAGAUUAGAUAUCUAAUGUAGUGGCAAUCUUAACUGGAAACGGCGUGUUUAUAAAAAAAAACCAAGAAGAAGCUUCAAUAAAA